AUGGUCAAGAUCACGGGCUUCGUCACGAGAGACGUGAGGUUUCCGACCUCUCUCGACAAAACCGGCUCUGAUGCUAUGAAUGCUGCCGGAGACUAUUCCUCAGCAUACUGCAUUAUCCAAACCGAUUCGCAAUACGAGGGCCAUGGAAUGACAUUCACAAUUGGCCGCGGCAACGAAAUCGUCUGCGCAGCAAUCAGCACCAUUGCCCCGCUCAUCGUAGGCAAGGAUCUGGACGACAUCACCGCCGACUGGGGCAAGACAUGGCGCUACCUCGUGUCAGACAGUCAACUGCGAUGGAUAGGACCCGAAAAGGGGGUAAUCCACCUUGCCCUGGGCGCCGUAGUGAAUGGACUCUGGGACCUGUGGGCCAAGACACUCAACAAGCCCGUCUGGCGCAUCAUUGCCGAUAUGACGCCGGAGGAAGUGGUGCGAUGUAUUGAUUUCAGAUAUAUUACCGAUGCGCUGACGCCGGAGGAAGCGGUGGCAUUGCUGAAGGAGGUUGAGCCGACCAAGCAGGAUCGCAUCAAGGAUGCGGAGCAGAAUAAGGCAGUGCCCGCUUAUACUACGAGUGCCGGGUGGCUGGGUUACUCGGAAGAGAAGCUGAGGGCGCUUUUGGAUCAGAGUGUGAAGGAUGGCUUCAAGCAUUUCAAGCUUAAGGUUGGCGGGAGUCUGGAGGAUGAUAAGCGUCGGUUGAAGAUUGCUCGCGAGGCUAUUGGUUAUGAUAAGGGCAAUGUCCUGAUGGUGGAUGCCAAUCAGAUCUGGUCGGUUCCAGACGCUAUUGCCUAUAUGAAGGAGCUGGCCGAGUUCAAGCCCUGGUUCAUCGAAGAGCCUACAUCGCCCGACGACGUGCUCGGCCAUGCUGCCAUCCGCAAGGCGCUCUCCGACACUCCCUACGGAGCCAUUGGAGUUGCUACCGGUGAAAUGUGCCAGAACCGAGUCAUAUUCAAGCAGUUCCUGCAAGCCGGCGCCCUCACCGUCCUGCAGCCCGAUGCCUGCCGUGUCGGUGGCGUCAACGAAUGUCUGGCUAUUCUGCUGCUCGCACGCAAAUUCGGCGUCCCCAUUGUGCCUCACUCUGGCGGGGUUGGCUUGCCCGAAUACACCCAGCACCUGAGCACAAUUGAUUACGUUGUGAUUAGCGGUAAGAGGAGUUUGUUGGAGUAUGUGGACCACUUGCACGAGCAUUUCGAGCAUCCGGCGAGUGUGAAGGAUGGAUAUAUCGUCACGCCCAUGGAGCCUGGUUAUAGUGUGCAGAUGAAAGGGGAUAGCAUGGACGAGUUUUCGUUUCCUGGAGAGCCAGGGAAGAGCUGGUGGACAACCGAUGCUGCUAGAGUCAUUUUGGAUGGUCCGCGAAUUAUUUAG